UUGCCCAGACAAAGUGUUGUCACUGAAUGUUUGGAUCAGGGUUGAGUCAAUGAAACCCUUAGGUGCUCCAAGUUCAGACCUUCCUCCUGCUGCUGGUUUAACUCUCUAACAAUGUGGCUUUAUAAUUUUUUACUUGGUUUUGACCUCAAGGAGCUAUUUCUGUUUAUUUUUAUUUUUAUUCUGAUUGCUGACUUCAUCAAAAACAGGAAUCCGUCAAACUAUCCUCCAGGACCAUUUUCUCUCCCCCUUGUGGGGAAUUUCUUCAGUGUGGACAUUAAACAUCCACACCUUUAUUUUACCAAGCUGGCUGAUGUCUAUGGGGAUGUGUUCAGCGUCCGCCUUGGCCGUGAAAAAGUGGUAUUUGUAUCUGGGUACAAGAUGGUGAAGGAAGCCAUUGUGACACAAGGCGAGAACUUUGUAGAUCGUCCAUACAGUGCGACCUCUGACAGAUUUUACUCAGGAACCUCAGAUGGUCUGUUCAUGAGUAAUGGUAAAAUAUGGAAGCGGCAGCGACGGUUUGCCUUGUCCACCUUACGUAACUUUGGCCUGGGCAAAGGCAUCAUUGAGCAGAGUAUCUGUGAGGAGAUCCGGCACCUGCAAGAGGAGAUACAGAAGGAGAAAGGUGAACCAUUUAACCCAGCAGGCCUGUUCAACAAUGCCGUGUCUAACAUCAUUUGCCAGCUAGUGAUGGGGAAACGGUUUGACUACAGCAACCACAAAUUCCAGAUUAUGCUGAAGUGUUUGUCUGAAAUUCUAUACUUGGAGGGAUCAAUAUGGGGUCAGCUCUAUGAGUCAUUCCCAAGAGUGAUGAAAUACUUGCCAGGUGCUCACAACAAAAUGUUCGAAAACUUUGAAACUGUUCAAGACUUCAUCAAGGAGGAGGUCAAGAGUCAUAGGCAGGACCUGGACUACAACUGUCCCCGGGACUAUAUUGAUGCUUUCAUCAUUGAAAUGGAGAAUCACAAAGAGUCUGAUCUGGGCUUCACUGAGACCAAUCUGGCUCUGUGCUCUCUGGAUCUGUUCCUGGCUGGAACGGAGACAACCUCCACCACUUUACUGUGGGCUUUGGUUUUCCUCAUCAAAAACCCUGAGAUCCAGGACAAAGUCCAGGCAGAAAUAGACAAAGUGAUCGGACAGACCCGCCAGCCCUCUAUGGCUGACAGACCCAAUCUGCCCUACACUGAUGCUGUCAUCCACGAGAUCCAGAGGAUGGGGAACAUCGUUCCUCUCAAUGGGCUCAGAAUGGCCGCCAAGGACACAACACUGGGCGGUUACUUGAUACCCAAGGGUACAUCCUUGAUGCCCAUCCUGACCUCUGUGCUAUUUGACAAGACUCAGUGGAAGACUCCAGACAGCUUCAACCCGGGACACUUCCUAGAUGCUGAGGGAAAGUUUGUGAAGAAAGAAGCUCUCCUGCCUUUUUCUGCAGGGAAACGUGUGUGUCUCGGAGAAGGCCUCGCCAAGAUGGAGCUCUUCCUGUUUUUGGUCGGUUUACUACAAAAGUUCUCUUUCUCUGUUCCUGAUGGAGUAGAGCUGAGUACAGAAGGAAUUACUGGAACUACACGUGUACCCCACCCCUAUAGGGUUCACGCCAAGCUGAUGUCUUAUCAGUCCCUCGCUCUCCUCCUCAGCUUCACAAUGUGGCUGUGUGAUUUGUUUCCGUGGCUUGAUCUAAAGGGACUACUGCUUUUUGUUUCUGCCGUUCUCCUUGUGGUGUAUUUUCUGAACAAAAAGGAUCCACCUAACUUUCCGCCAGGACCACCAGCUCUCCCCAUUUUGGGAAAUGUCUUCAGCAUUGAAUCUAAACAACCUCACAUUUACCUAACCAAGCUUGCUGAUGUUUAUGGGAAUGUGUUCUGCAUUCGUCUGGGAAGACACAAAACAGUGUUUGUGUCUGGGUGGAAGAUGGUCAAGGAAGCCAUAGUGACUCAGGCCGACAACUUUGUGGACCGGCCUUACAGCCCAAUGGUGACCCGGAUUUAUUCAGGGAACUCAGCUGGUCUUUUCUUCAGUAAUGGGCACAUGUGGAGGAGACAGCGACGUUUUGCCAUGGCGGCGUUACGUACCUUUGGUCUGGCUGAGAGUAGCAUGGAGCAGAGGGUCUGUGAAGAGAGUCAACAUCUGCAGGAGGCGAUGGAGAAGGAGAAAGGCCAGCCAUUUGACCCUGUGCCCCUUUUAAACAAUGCUGUGGCCAACAUUAUCUGCCAAAUAGUAUUUGGGAGACGGUUUGACUACAGCGACCACAACUUUCAGAGCAUGCUGAACAAUCUUACUGAGAUGGCCUAUCUGGAAGGCUCCAUAUGGGCUCUGCUAUAUGAUGCGUUCCCAGCACUGAUGAAGCACCUGCCGGGGCCUCACAAUGACAUCUUCACCAACUCCAAAUCUUUGGAGGCAUCUAUCAGGGUAGAGAUAGAGAGACACAAGUUGGAUUUGGACCCAAGUAACCCACGAGAUUACAUUGACAGCUUCCUGAUAGAGAAGAGGCACAACAGAGACAGUCAGCUGGGUUUUGAUGAUGGAAACCUGGUUCUGUGUUGUUUGGAUCUGUUCCUAGCUGGGAGUGAAACCACUUCAAAGACCCUGCAGUGGGGCCUCAUCUACCUCAUCAAGAAUCCUCAUGUCCAGGAAAAAGUCCAUGCAGAAAUAGACAAAGUGAUCGCACAGACCCGCCAGCCCUCUAUGGCUGACAGACCCAACCUGCCCUACACUGAUGCUGUCAUCCACGAGAUCCAGAGGAUGGGGAACAUUGUUCCUCUCAAUGGGCUCAGAAUGGCCGCCAAGGACACAACACUGGGCGGUUACUUGAUACCCAAGGGGACCUCUGUGAUGCCCAACCUGACUUCUGUGCUGUUUGACAAGAAUCAAUGGGAAACUCCACACACCUUUAACCCUGAGCACUUCCUGGAUGCUGAAGGAAAAUUUAUGAGGAGGGAGGCAUUUCUACCUUUCUCUGCAGGAAAGCGUGCAUGCCUGGGUGAGGGCCUGGCUAGAAUGGAGCUGUUCCUGUUUUUUGUCAGCCUGUUUCAGAAAUUUCAUUUCUCCACUCUGGAUGGAGUUGAGUUGAGUACAGAAGGAAUCACUGGAGCCACACGCACACCAUACCCCUUCAAGAUCUAUGCCAAAGCCCGCUGAACCCUGC